AUGAAUGGUUUCUUUCGAAGCAAAAGAGGGCUCAGGAAGGGUGACCCGUUGUUCCCUUACUUGUUUGUGCUAGCAAUGGAAGUCUUCUCUAAGUUGCUUCACUCAUGGUACGACUAUGGCUAUAUCUUUUAUCACCCUAAAACAGAGGAACUAGCCAUCUCUCACUUGAUGUUUGCGGAUGAUGUUAUGAUAUUUUUUUAUGGAGGAAGCUCGUCACUUCAUGGAAUCAAUGAUACUUUGGACGACUUUGGGGGAUGGUCAAGUCUGGUCAUGAACCGAGGAAAGACUGAAUUAUUUUUGGCAGGGGUGAAUGAAACAGAAUCCUUUGCAAUAACGCAAUACGGUUUCCCUCAGGGCUCCUUGCCUAUCCGUUACCUUGGGCUGCCAUUGAUGAGUAGAAAGUUGAAACUCAUUGAGUAUGCUCCUCUUGUUGAGAAGGUGAAGAAAAGAUUUACUAUGUGGGAUGUGAAGUCCUUGUCUUUCGCUGGGAGAUUACAACUGAUAGUGUCGGUGAUUACUGGUACAAUGGUAUUUUGGAUGUCGACUUUUAAGCUCUCCAGAGGUUGCAUCCGUGAAAUCAAAUCACUAUGUUCUCGACUCUUAUGGUCUGGAGGGAUUGAGAAUUAUCAUAAGGCAAAGGUUUCCUGGUCAAAGGUUUGUCUGCCCAAAUCAGAAGGUGGUCUUUGCAUAAGGAGAUUUACGGAAUGGAACACUGCGUUAAAUUUAAAACUCAUCUGGCUUUUAUUCACAGCAAGUGGUUCUCUAUGGGUUGCCUGGCAAAAAUCACACUACCUCCAUAACUCGGCAAGCAACUUCAGUUUUUUAAGUUCUGGAGUGCUACAGAAUCAGCCAAUGACUCGUGGCAAUGGAAAUGUCUCCUAA